GUAGAACGCCUCCCGAUUGGCCAGAGUCCGUCGGCCCCCGCCUUCCUCCUCCUCCUUGCCGCGGCCCACGUGAGGGGGGAGAGUCACGCGAUUUCCGGGAACCCGUCAGGAAGGACAUAAACAAAACAAACCCAAGGCAGCAUGGAGAGGGGCCGCGGCCCCUGCAACGCAAUCGGACCCAGCCCCUGAGACGACCCCGCACCUACAGAAUUGCACAGAAUUAUUAAAAAGAAAAAAGCAGUGAUCCAGUCAGUUGAAUUGAAGGAUUCUGGGGAAACCUACUAUUUACUGUGAAAAUCAUCUUGGAAUUAAAAGUAAAGCUGGAAAGGAAUUUGCAAACGAGAAAAAAAGAAGUUUGGAAUUGGACACAAAGGCUCUGGGCUUGGAAAUGCCUCAGCCUAGUGUAAGCGGAAUGGAUCCGCCUUUUGGGGAUGCCUUUCGAAGCCACACCUUUUCAGAACAGACUCUGAUGAGCACAGAUCUCUUAGCAAACAGUUCCGAUCCAGAUUUCAUGUACGAACUGGAUAGAGAGAUGAACUACCAACAGAAUCCUAGAGACAACUUCCUUUCUUUGGAGGACUGCAAAGACAUUGAAAAUCUGGAGUCUUACACAGAUGUCCUGGAUAAUGAGGGUGCUUUAACCUCAAACUGGGAACAGUGGGAUACAUACUGUGAAGACUUAACCAAGUACACCAAACUAACCAGCUGUGACAUCUGGGGAACAAAAGAAGUGGAUUACUUGGGUCUUGAUGACUUUUCUAGCCCUUACCAAGAUGAAGAGGUCAUAAGUAAAACUCCAACUUUGGCUCAGCUUAAUAGUGAGGACUCUCAGUCUGUUUCUGAUUCUCUUUAUUAUCCUGAUUCACUUUUCAGUGUCAAACAAAAUCCCUUGCCCUCUUCAUUCCCUGGUAAAAAGAUCACAAAUAGAGCAGCUGCCCCUGUGUGCUCUUCAAAGACUCUUCAGGCUGAGAUUCCUUUGUCAGACUGUGUCCAAAAAGCACAUAAACCCACUUCAAGCACACAAAUCAUGGUGAAAGCCAACAUGUAUCACAAUGAAAAGGUGAACUUUCAUGUUGAAUGUAAGGACUAUGUAAAAAAGGCGAAAGUAAAGAUCAGCUCAGUGCAACAGAGCCGGCCCUUGCUGAGCCAGGCUCAUACGGAUGCAGCAAAGGAGAACACAUGCUACUGUGGAGCUGUAGCAAAGAGACAAGAGAAAAAGGGAAUGGAGCCUCUUCAGGGUCGUGCCACUCCCACUUUGCCUUUCAAAGAAACCCAGGAACUGUUACUCAGUCCCCUACCCCAGGAGGGUUCUGGGUCAGUUGCUGUAGGAGAGAGUAGCAACCUUUCUACUAGCAUGUCAGUCUCAGAUUCAUCCCAGAAAAAAGAAGAGCACAAUUACUCUCUUUUUGUCUCUGAUAACUUGGGAGGACAGCCAACCAAAGGCAAUCCUGAAGAAGAUGAGGAGGAUGAGGAGGAUGUUGAUGAUGAGGACCACGAUGAAGGGUUUGGAAGUGAGCAUGAACUCUCUGAAAACGAGGAGGAGGAAGAGGAGGAGGAUUAUGAAGAUGACAAAGAUGAUGAUAUUAGUGACACAUUUUCUGAACCAGGUUAUGAAAAUGACUCUGUAGAAGAUUUGAAGGAGAUGACUUCAAUAUCCUCUCGAAAAAGAGGUAAAAGAAGGUACUUCUGGGAGUAUAGUGAACAGCUUACACCAUCACAGCAAGAGAGGAUUCUGAGGCCAUCUGAAUGGAACCGAGAUACCUUGCCAAGCAAUAUGUAUCAGAAAAAUGGCUUACAUCAUGGAAAAUAUGCAGUAAAGAAGUCACGGAGAACUGAUGUAGAGGACCUGACUCCAAAUCCUAAAAAACUACUCCAGAUAGGCAAUGAGUUACGGAAGUUGAAUAAAGUGAUUAGUGACCUGACUCCAGUCAGUGAGCUGCCCUUAACAGCUCGGCCAAGGUCAAGGAAGGAAAAAAAUAAGCUGGCUUCCAGAGCUUGUCGGUUAAAGAAAAAAGCCCAGUAUGAAGCUAAUAAAGUGAAAUUAUGGGGCCUCAAUACCGAAUAUGAUAAUUUAUUAUUUGUAAUCAACUCCAUCAAACAAGAGAUUGUAAAUCGGGUACAGAAUCCAAGAGAGGAAAGGGGACCUAACAUGGGGCAGAAGCUUGAAAUCCUUAUUAAAGAAACUCUUGGUCUCCCAGUUGCUGGGCAAACUUCUGAAUUUGUUAACCAAGUGUUAGAGAAGACUGCAGAAGGCAAUCCCACUGGAGGCCUUGUAGGACUAAGGAUACCAACUUCGAAAGUGUAAUGUGUAAUCAGCUUCAUUGGUCCACUGGUCAGAAGUGUCUGUUUUUGUCACGUUCCCCAUUGUAAAUUUUCAUUCUGUUUUGCAUGUCAGUUAGCAUUAUGUAAACAUUUACAAUUAGGUUACAUUGUUUUAAGAACUUGUAGCAUAAGUGAAGCAUGAUCCAAACUACUUGAUUAUUGCAUUUUCAGAGCAUAAACCAUGGUUAAACCUGCUACUGGCAUUAGAAUUCAAAUCCAUACAUUAAGUAAAUGUUUAGGUACAGAUUGCACAAAUCUGUUAAUGCAAACAUUUUGGAGGAGUGAAUAUAUUAGUGUAAUGCCAGGUAUCAUGGCAGGUUUAUGCUCUGAACCACACAAAAAUAUUGAGGAAGCAUUUUUUAAAAACAAUUUAGAUUGUUUUUAGAAUUACUGCUUUUCGUUCUAAUUUUUCACAACCAUUAAUCUCACUUGUCCAUGGCACACUCAACAGGCCUGUGUGCCAUGUUAGAUACUCAUUUUCA